AUAUUCUAUGUGUCAUGAUUUGUUUAAAAUGUCAACUACGACAAAAUGAGGUUAUAUCUCGCUCUUGUAAUAAUUAUUUGUUUUUCAUGGGAUUUGGGAGAAUGCUUAAUGCUUGUCAAUGCAAAUAAAAGCGUUGAUCAGCAACUAGAGUAUAGGCCUGAAGGACCGCUGGUAAUGUGCAAAUUUUUGUCAAUAGAAUUUAUAGAAUGUGAAGAACCAAUUGAUCACAAAGGAAAUAAAACUGCCAAGGACGAAACAGGUUUCGGUUGUGUCAAGUUUGGAGGAUCUCGCUAUGAAGAUGUGGAGAAAACUAAAGUAUCAUGUACAGUAUUACCAGACAUCGAGUGCUUUGGACCAAGAACAUUCUUUCGUGAAGGAAUACCGUGUAUAAAAUACAGUGAUCAUUUUUUUGCGACAACUCUCUUGUAUAGCAUUUUAUUAGGUUUCCUUGGUAUGGAUCGAUUUUGCCUUGGUCAUACUGGAACAGGAGUAGGCAAAUUGUUAACAUUAGGUGGUAUGGGUGUGUGGUGGAUUGUAGACAUCAUUUUAUUAGUAACAAAUUCCUUACAACCUGAGGAUGGUAGUAACUGGAAUCCAUAUGUAUAACAUCUUAUUACUUAAAAGAGACAAGC